GUUAAGGGUGCCUAUCGAUAACGCGAUAACGUUCCCGCCUAUCGCCACCCCUGUCGAAGCGUGCGUCUGCUUAAACGCAGACAGAAUAAAUAAAACCAUCCAAAGGCUAACAUUUAAUUGUUAAACACUGAUAGUGUGUGCAAUUUAGUAGGGAAUCAAACCCUUAAACAUGUCAGCGCAUUGCUCCGAAGAGCGAAACUAUAUACAUCGUAAAUUCGAUAGCACCCGUUACAAACACAAGCGGUCAGCAUCAUCCUCGUCAGCGGGGACAACUUCAUCCGGACACAAGGAGCGCAGGUCUGACUACGAGUACUAUGGCAGUCGCCGCCAGCAGCGGUCCUCAUCCCGCCGACGCUCCCGUUCGCGUUCCGGCUCGAUGUCGCCGCAUCCGGAACCGCGCCAUCAUUCUGGACGUUCGUCCCGCGACCGCAUGCGAAUGCACAAGGCUCGCGAACAUCCACAAGCCACCCGCUGCAUAGGAGUAUUCGGGCUGAACACAAACACCACGCAGCACAAGGUCCGUGAGCUAUUCAACAAGUACGGACCCAUCGAACGCAUCCAGAUGGUGAUUGACGCACAUACUCAGCGUUCCCGGGGCUUCUGUUUCAUUUACUUUGAGAAUCUCAACGAUGCCCGUGUGGCCAAGGACUCCUGCUCCGGCAUUGAAGUAGAUGGUCGCCGCAUUCGCGUUGAUUUCUCCAUAACCCAACGGGCCCACACACCAACUCCGGGUGUGUAUAUGGGUCGUCCUUCACGUGGAUACUCUGGACGCUCCCGUUCGCCGCGUGGAGGACGUCGUCAGAUUCGCGAUCGCUCUUCUUCGUUCAAUGACAACUAUCGUGAUCGCAAUAAGUACCGCAACGAUCGCUACGAUCGUAGCCUCCGCAGGAGCUCUAGUCGCCACCGCUAUACUCGCAACAAAAGCUACAGCCGUUCGCGUUCUCCACAUCCACGUCGCAUUUCAUCGCGCUAUUAAAGCGCCUUGGGAUCUACUGGGGCUACUUCCUUAACUCAUGCUCCUAAGUUGGCCCAACUGGAUUGCGUCAAACGGUCUGUAGAGGAGCAUACGACUGAAAUACUGUGUUUUGGUGAAACCAUCCCAUCUAAGGCAUUUGGUUGGCAAACAGCUCACAACUAGACUAAUUUUCAAAUUCAUUAUUCACCCAAAACAGCUUUUUAUCAUAAUUAUUCGUUAACCAUUAUUGAUGCUGUACAAAAAGGUAGUUUGUAAAUAUCAAAUCAAUUACCAACAUUGCAUACAGAGGUCCGCAUAGAUUGUGAUAUGUAUUUUAAAGGAACUGCAGCAAACUGAUAAUGAUAACAAAACUAAACUUAUAUUAAUUAUAAUUGUAAUUGUGCAGCAGGUACAAAAUAAAAUUGAAGUUGUACAGAAACUCGAC